AUGGAUGAUUUUAAGUUCACAUCUAUAACAGACUUUUUACCUAAGUUUCUGGGAUCAUUCAGUAACACUUUUGAUGAAAAGUUAGGGACAUUAACAGUCAGUUUUGCUAAGCAGGGUGUUGUAAAGCAAUUGUUAACUGAAGGUGAAAAGUAUGUCAUGUCAGCGAGCCCUGUUAUGUCCUUUAGUGAGCAAGCUACUUAUGAUGUUGUUAACAAUCUUGGUAGUUUAGCGGCUAGAUUUAUAUUCCGACCUAUAGAGGACAGCAGCUACUUUUACUUCACUCAAAUGUUAAAUCGUGAUCUACCACUGCACAAACAAGAUCAACACAAAAUUUAUGAGUCUUGCACAGUUUUGUCGCAAGUUUGUAAAACUGUUAGUUCCAUAGGAUUGAUAGUCCUAGUGUUUGGACAAAGUUAUUCUCGAACGCUACUCACAUUGUAUGGCGGUAAGGUGUUUGUAUCCAGUGGUUUGCCUGUUCAAUUACUUAGAAGUCACUGCUUGGCAAUCAUGUUGAUGGCUAUCAAUGGUAUAACAGAAUGCUAUACUUUUGCCACUAUGACAAGUGGACAACUUAACAGUUACAAUUAUCUCAUGGUAUUCUUUUCCAUCAGCUUUUUACUCUUAUCAUAUAUUCUUACUUACAUUUUUGGGCCAGUUGGUUUUAUCAUAUCGAACUGUAUUAACAUGUUUGCUAGGAUAUUACAUAGUAUCCAUUUUAUUAGUGGUAAAUAUAAAGAUACUAGUUAUAGGCCUUUACAGGGGCUGUAUGUAGGCAAAAUUUUUAUUGUAACUUUAGUUGUUGCUGGUAUUAUUUGCAAAUUUUCAGAAGAUAAACUUUAUGAUGCCAACAUGUUAGCUCAUUUAACAGUGGGGGUCAUAUGUUUCAUUUGUGUUUUGUGUGCUUGGGGAUAUGAAAACAGAGAUCUUGUAAGAAAGACUUAUAAGAAAGUAUUCAGAAAAGGGGAUGAAAAGCAUUCUAAGGACUAG